UAUCCCAUGUCAUCAUGCAUAUCCUCCCUAAUGUGUCUACCGAGUGUGCUUUUGAUGAAUCUGAUUGCUGUUGCUAAGAAUUAUUAUUAGCCCUACUACCUAUCUGUUAUUGUCUGCUGUGGAAAUGCAGUCCCAAUUAGCUAUUUGAAUGAAUUCUUCACUGUCUAUCAAUCCUUUUAUCAGAAUUUGCUUACUCUAUUGGAAUUACCGUGGUCCGUCCAUUUCCACCAUUACCCCGACUACCUUAAGUGUGGUUAUGUUCUGCACCUCCACUGAGUAUUUUUCAUUUUGUCGAAAUAGGAUUACCACAACAGGCUUCUUAUUAGGUUAAAACAUAAGAAAAAAGUUCGCCCUUUUUUUCUUUGUUUUGUUUUGUUUUGUUUUUUUUUUUCCUUUGACUUUUACAAAUCUUUUCUUUAGAUAAAAUUUAUUAUAUGAAGGUAUUCUUGCUUGAUUAGAUUGUACAAUUCUAAUUCAGUUGACAGUUUUUCUAGUCUACUGUAUCCUGGAGCAAAUGUGUUGGUUGCACCGGGAGAUUUUAUGCAAAGAGAUGCAAUUCAUCCUUGAGUGAGCAGCCUCCGCACAUCAUUCGUCUGUUUCUCCUAAUCGGAAUCACUUGCUACAGUCGUACCAAUCACGAAGGCAAAUGAUGAACUAAGGAUAAAGAAUGUUACCCAGGCCUCCCCCUCAGUUGGAGAGGAAGAGCUUCCUCUGCGUUGUGCUUCUCUAGGCAAUCACUUCAUUGAGCAUGGAUUUCUUAGGGUCGGUGAUUGGGUCUGUGUUGGAAAUCGUGAAAUAUUCAUGUUCUCCCCUGGUUCGACAAGCUGGCUAUGUCAAAAAUCUGAAAAAGAAUUUUGAAAAGCUCAAGGAAAAAGCAAGAGAGAUGUAUGACAAGAGGGAUGAUAUAAAGCAUGAGAUAAGAAGAAACGGAGAUAGAAAGAUACCUACAAGAGAAUGUGAAAGUUGGCUUAAAGAAGUGGAAGAUAUCGAAAAGCAAGUGAAUGCGAUUGAGGAGGAAUAUAAAAGAAAGGACAUGGAACGUAUGAGAGUAUGUUUCCUAUCACAAGUGAAACUAGGUAAAUGCAUGGUGAAGACAAUAAGCCACAUCUCGGAUCUCACUGAGAGAGCCAAUUUUCAGGGAGGUGUGGUGGUGGAUGCAUUGCCAGAGGUAAUUGAAGCUAUACCUGCACCAACAAUUGAAGCCGAUACAGCAGCUUUUCGCACCUUGCAAAAGAUACUAAAAUGCAUCAAAGAAGCAAGUACCCGAAAGAUUGGUAUUUGGGGAAUGGGUGGGGUCGGAAAGACCACAAUAAUGAAAAUGUUGAACAACCUUCCAGAAACAAACGGCAUGUUUGAUAUUGUUAUAUGGGUAACUGUCUCAAAAGAUCUGAGUCUGCGGAAUAUCCAAAAUGAAAUUUCAAAACGGCUGUCAUUGAAAAUAGAUAAUGAUGAGUCCGACAAUGCAGUUGCAAGGAGAUUGUUUCACAGGUUGAGAACCAUGAAGUUCUUGCUGCUUAUGGAUGAUGUUUGGGCCAAGGUAGAUUUGGAAGAUGUGGGGGUUCCUCAUCCAAAUCAAGACAACGGUUCUAAACUGGUGUUGACGACUAGACUUCGACAAGUUUGUCACAAGAUGGGUACUGAUGAGGAGAUCCAAGUGGAAGUUUUAUCUAGUGAGGAAGCAUGGAAAUUGUUCAGCGACACAGUUGGUAAAGUCAUCGAUUCUCCCAGCAUCCAAUGUAUAGCUCGAGGCGUAGUUGAGGAAUGUGGUGGUUUACCACUUGCGAUCAUUGUAAUAGGUGCGUCCUUGAGAAAGGAAGACGAUGUUUAUGUAUGGAAGAAUGCAUUGAAGGAGUUGAGCUCGCCGGCUACAUCUGAGAUAGAAGAUAUGGAAGAACAAGUGUUCAAGCGCUUGAAAUUCAGCUUUGACCGGUUGAAGAAUGAUACUAUAAAGGAUUGUUUUUUGUAUGGGGCAUUGUAUCCAGAAGAUCACUCCGUCUAUGUACAUGAAUUAAUAGGGUAUUGGAGGGCUGAGGGUCUCAUUGAUGUUGAGCGGAAUUUAACAGAAGCACGUGAGAAAGGGCAUGCCAUACUGAAAGAUCUUACUGACGCUUCUCUUUUGGAGAGAAUUGAUGACUUCCGUGUCAAAAUGCAUGAUGUGAUUCGAGAUUUAGCUUUGAGAAUCACUUCCCUGAUGGGAGAAAGUAGUAGAUUUGUGGUGAAAGCCCGUUUGAAGAUAGAGGAGCCGCCAAAGCUGGAGGAUUGGGAACAAGCGGUGAGGAUCUCAUUGAUGGAGAACAAAUUGAAUAGCUUGCCAAAGAGUCUAAAUUGCCCAAUGUUAUUGACACUGUUGCUUCAAGGGAACGAAACACUCAAAACAAUUCCUAAUACAUUCUUCGAACACAUGUCUGCUCUCCGAGUUGUCGACCUGUCUCAGACAAACAUAGCAUCAUUGCCAGCAUCCAUUUGCAACUUGGUCAACCUUAGAGGACUCUAUCUAACUUUUUGUAAUAACUUGAGGGCUCUACCACCUGAUGUUGGAGCACUCAAGAGACUUGAGGUUCUUGAUCUCAGGUACACUGGCAUUGUAGCCUUGCCUAAUGAAAUUGGGGAAUUGACUUGUCUUAGGAAUUUCCAUGUGCGCUUCUAUGAUGGUGGGGAUAGUAAAGAUUUGAUAAUCCCCGUUGGGAUAAUAUCAAGGCUCUCGUUAUUGGAGCUGUUGGUCAUUGAUUUUCUGUUGGAACUGGUACAGAAUAGGUGGGAUGAAUGUGCAGAAGAUGUGAUGAGGGACUUGAGCAGCUUGAAAGAAUUAAGUAUCCUUAAAUUCGACUUUCCAAAAUCAGAGUAUCUUGAACAUUUUCUCCAAAGAAGCCAGCCAUGGAGACUGGCAGGCCUCACAUCAUUCUAUUUCAGUGUUGGUCGCUACAAAAUCCAAGCUUCUUCAUAUUCGGAUUUCACUCUUGACUCUAUGGGUGGAGUUGGACAUAACCGAAUUUUGAAGUUCUGUGGGGGUGAUAGCAUACCUCAUGCAAUUUUGGAGGUACUCAGUCGUGCUGAUUCUUUUAAAUUAGUCGGUCAUAGAAGCAUUUGUAGCCUUUGGGAAUUCGGUGUGCAGAACAUGAAUGAGUUGAAACGGUGUAUGGUCAGCGAAUGUGAUGAAAUCGAGAUUAUCAUGGAUAGAAAUGGGCUUCAGGAUGUUGCAUUGCCAAACUUGGAGUAUCUCAAUAUACAACAUAUGCCAAAUAUAAGGUGCAUUUGGGAAGGGCAGCUGCCACCAGGAAGCCUUGCUAGCCUGAGACGUUUAAAAUUGGAAUAUUGCAACAAGUUGACAAAGAUUUUCUCGCGUGGAAUCAUUCAACAACUCUCGAACUUGGAAGAUCUUACUGUUCAAUUUUGUUCUGCAAUUGAAGAGCUAGUUAACGAAGAAGUAAUGGUAGCCGAAUCUGAUCUUGUCUUCCCUAUGUUAAAAAGUUUAUGCAUUUCCAACCUACCUCAAUUGGUUGGCAUUUGGCAAGGAGGCUCAAUAUAUUUGCCCUCACUUGAGGUGAUUACAAUUUAUAACUGUCGGAACAUUAAGAAUCUUCCGUUGGGUGUCCAAGUUGCACCCAGGCUAAGAAAGAUACGAUGCGAAAGAGAGUGGUGGGAAGCAUUGGAGUGGGAAGAUUAUUCCAUCAAACUACAGCUCCAACCUCUCUUCGUCCCUGAUUUGAAGCCAGGAACAAAUAUAAAAUUUUGAGAAUAUAACAAGGUGGUGCCCGUUUGUCUUGAAAAUUUGGCCACUUCUAGACUGGUUCUGGCAAUGUGUUUCUUGUUAUUGAUAAAUAAAAAUAAUCAGGUGGAAAACACUUUCUUCUAUGUAUGGAUAUUGGUAGCGGUAAGCUGCUACAUGAAGGAUUUUUUUUUUUUCGUUUGGUUUGUAAGAGUACAUGUUACUGCGGUCAUUGUAUCCAAUCUCAGGGAGAUACGAGGUAUUUAUUCCAUGGACCCCACUGUGCAUAUGCCACAGCCCAA